AUGUGCGUACAAGAGACCGUGAAGUUUGUAAACAAUGGAACGCGUCCCGUGUACGUGUCGUGGAUUCCCGACUUCACAGGUCACCUGCAGCAGCUGCACACGUCCGUAACAGUGAACCCCGAAUCGAUUGAAGUUGUCAAAACGGCUAGAGUCCACGUGCGGGUAGAACCCGAUCGUCCAGGUCGAUUGCGAAAAACGCUUAAGUUCAAGAUCGAGAACCACGAUGGCGACACAGGCGAAACGGAAGUGUAUGUGCGUGGGGUAGUAGAACGAAUACCGGACGUACGUUUCCGGGAAGUGGCGGUAAAAACUAUGGUAAACAUAUGCACCGGAACGCCGGUGACAUACGACGUCGAAUUUAGAGUGCGAUCGGACCGUGUGUUUGAUGUCCAAAGACAACUUUUCGACUUUUCCGCACACUCUGAAACUCCUUACGGUGAAGUAGAGUCGUACGGACCGUACGGCAACAACGACGGAAAUGAGAUUCUAAUGACGUUAAACUUUCAAAUACCAAUUAACACAGAAGUAAGAAAUCCAUCUUCCUCCCCUCUCUCCCCCAAAAAAAAAAAAAAAAUACACGCAUCUUAAAUUUGAAUCUAUACAUAUAACUUUAUUACUAAUAAUAACAUAUAUAUUAUAUCGUGUAAACAAUUUUCUCGACAUUUUUAGAAAGAUGAAAUUUUAUCAACUAAAAUUUCAGCAAAAUGUAUUUUAAAUUAACUUUUAAAAGUGGUCCCAUAUCAGUAUUAUAAGUAUUUAUUUUUGCGCAAUGUGAGUUCUCGUUUUUCUAUGGUGAAAAUUUAAUUUGUUCAAUUUAAUCUACAGCCCAAAUUUUAUUUUCUGUGAAAACCAGUUUAAAGUCAAAUUACAGACAGUAGCACGCCCUUUUAAAAAGUAGGUAUAAGUCUUAAGGUAUAAGUAUCAGCCAAAUCAGAAAUAAUAAUAUUAAUGAACAUACUUACCAAUAUUAGUAACUAAUUGAAACAUGAAUAAGUAUCAUUGCUUUUCGCGGAAUAAUUAAGAAAAAAAAACCUUUUGUUUAUCGAUUAUAUUUUUAUGGAAAUUUAAAGAAAUAAAAUAUGAUAUGCAGUUUGACCCCGUUUAUUUGACAAUAGAGUUGUAUAUUAUUAAUAUGGUACUGUCCGGAUAAAAUAUUAUCGUAAAGCGUGAAAAUAUAAUUUAACAAUUCAAAAUACAAAAAAAAAAGAGAGAAAAAAAUUUGAAGUAAAGAAAAUGUAUCAUAUACAAAAAUAUAACAACUUAAUUUAUUUAACAAUGCGACACCGACUUAGGUAUACGUAAUUUAUUAAAAAUAUAUGUUUACUGAGUACCAAUCCAUGAGGAGAAAAGUGGGAAUAUUGUAUUAAAGAAAUAUUUUUAUCACCUUCAUCCCUAAAACAUUUAUCAAAACCCACCUCUUCUAUGUAUUAAACUAUUCGGAAGAAAUUUAUUUUUAUAUUUUAACAAAAUAUCUUCGAAAUAGAUGGAAAUUUUUUUUUUAAAAAAAAAAAGCCAUAAUACCAUAAUACUCAUUUCGAUCAUUUCGACAUUUUAACACUUGCCUUGUACGCAUGCGCAAUUAAACUUCCAGUUUUUUUAAUGAAAUUACUUAUUAUAUAUAAUAAUCAAUUCAAAUUUUUUUUUCAAUCAAUAUAAUUUUAUUUUACUUUAAAAAUUGCCAGAGAUUUAUGAUUUCUUUCACUUUUUUUCCAAAAAAAACUUCAGCAGUCAUAUUUUUUCACUACUAAUGUCUUGCGUUAAAUAUGAGUUUGCAUUAUUCAAUGUUGCUUGAAAAAAAAUAAGACUACCUAUUCGAAUCUGAUACAAAAAAAAACCUGUAAAAAAUAUGUGAAUUUUAUUGCGAAUUCAUGCUCAGCAAGGGUUAACAUUUUGAAAAUGAUUCUCAAAAUGUGUAUGUUUUGACACUCCCGAUUAUUUUUCAAUCCGAAUCCCUAAGUAUGACACUGUGCCCACACACAUUCUCAUAGAUAAACACGGGUGAGUUCAUAAUAGAACGACAGGCCAAUACCGUAUGCGGACCCGAAACAAUAUUAUACGUAACUGACCAAAUAAUCAAAUCCGGCUCGGAGAAUUAACCUAAUGCUGUGAAAGUAUUGACUUUUAUAAUAUGAUAGGUACUCAGGGGCACAACUCAGACCUAAAAACACUAACUAUAAAAUAAUAUUGUCGUUGUACGUUCUCUCACGCACAAGCCAAUGAGUAAAAAAAGUAGAUAGAUUAACUUCAGGAAAUAUAAAAAAUGUCACGGGCGAAAGAGAAUAGUUAGCAGCGACUAUACAGACAACGGGUUGCGGAUUCCAUCCCGAGCAUAUAUAACGUCACCUGAAUCAUCUUUAAGUUAGACGAGUCCAGCACGAUCUGUUGCGAGCACCUUCACGUCACUCUACUUUACGUAUUUUUGAGCCUAUAUUUUAUUUGUAAACUAAUUAGACUUAAAAUAUUAUUCAUAAUUUAAUUUAUUAAUUAGAUGUAGGAUAAUUUUAUGAAGAAUAUUUAUUGGACAUUUAUUUUAUGUAAAAUAUUAAUUAUCAAUCGAACUCAAGUUGUGAGUUAAUAUUUCAAAUUCUUUUCACAUCGUUAAUUACGUUGGUACAUUACAAAACAUUGCUGGAUUACUAUUUGAUUGAAACACAUUGUAUAAUAUACACUUAUACACUAUUAAGUAUGCACAAAGUUAAAAUAAUUGACGGCCUGCGCAUUAUUGCUGCAUUGUAAUUAAAUAUCUCGGAAUAUAAUAUUUUAAUAUUAAACCUCUACAAUACUUACGAGAGUACAGGCGCCAGAGAGAAGUGACUGCCAGAGGUUUAAUUAUAAUUUACACCAAGAGGCGGUUCUUUAUUAUUAAUUCUUAAUUGCUAAAGAGUAGGCGGCAGGCAGGUACACAGCGAGCUUUAUUAUAGGUGUGCAAAUGUUAUUUUCUACGCGAUGAUAAUAAUAUAAUAUCUGUCAACCUUUAGAAGACCGGAAUCUCGUGUCAAUUAGCCGAAUGGUCAUUCGCGGCGGCAGGGUCAAAGACGGUUUGCUAUACCCAGGCCGUGGCUUACGUGAAACUGCCGGACGUACGUUUGAACGUUAACGCCAUUACCAUCGCUAAGCCCCUGUACAAAGGCAUAUCUCACCGUCAAGACGGAAUUCGGUUGAUCAAUAAUACAAAUUGCGAUUUCGUCUACUCCUGGGGAAAUCCCACGGGAGCCGACGCUAAUAACAUGGAUUGUGUGUUUAAGCCGUCUAAUGGCACGGUUAAUGGAAAUUCGUCCGUCGAAUUCGAACUUAUCAUGACCCCGAUGACGUGUGUAAGCAUAUCACUUAUACGACGCCAUCGUAUAAACUGCAACAGUGCAGUAUUUAUCUCCGUUUUCGUAGUUUUACACGAUCAACAAAAAACAUUUUUGAAUAUAACACGUAUACAAUAUAUAAAUGGUAUUAUCAUUUUCAUAGUUUUGAUUAAUUGCUAAGUAACAUAAUGACAUAAUAAAAUUGCUAAAUGACCUAAUGUAAAUAUGACGUUCAAAAUAGCUUAGUCAAAUAAUUAUUACAUGACUUCACUGUAUUCCUUUAUACCAAAUAAAAAGUACAUCAUAGUGAUAUUCCAAUUUUUAGUAUAACGGUUAAAAUAUGUAUACACUUAUAGAUAAAAAAAAUUUUAAAAAAGAAUUACAUAAACAUUAACCAAAAAAACAAAAAAAUAAUAAAAAAAAGUCCUCGAGCCCUCUUCCGUGGGACCAGACAUAUAAAACAAACAAUAUAUUUCACUCUAUAGCAAAAUAUUAUCGUUUAAAGCUUAACGAUUAUUAUAUUACAUUUUAAUUAUGUCCUGCAGGGCCAUUUAAACCAAUACCUAGUACCGUGUUUUAUGCAAAGCGACGAACUCAAACCACAACAGAUUACGAUUGAAUGUCUGGUGAAGGAUUUCAUGGCCACGAUAACGUACGUCGACGCUUUCGGUGAAAAAGAGACCAUCGUGUGUCAAAAUAAGUAUGCCCAUAUACCAAUAUUGGUUUUUGUAACCAACUAUACCUGCACGUAAAGAAAAAAAAAAUCUAUUCCAAUGAUUCGUUUAUCAUCUCAUUACACAGAUAUAAAGAUAAAAAAAAAGUUCUGUCAGUUUAUCAUACAAUAUUGACAAAUAUAAUUAUAUUUUAUCGGUUAUGUAAUAAUCAUAAGAAUAAGAUUAUAGUUUAAAAAAAUAAAAUCCCCUUUUCUUUUAAUUAAAACUUUAAAUUAAGCUUAUUAAUAUAGAAAGUUUUCGGAUACAACACAAUCGACCCCUCGAAUAUAUUUAUAAACAUCAAUACCGCUUGAAAUUUAACAAAGUUUGUCAUAAUUUAACUUAAGCAGUAUUUCAAAAAUGAUUUAAUUAAUAAAUCAGCUACAUAAUAAUAAUAAUAAAUCGAUGCUUCACUUCGUGAUUAAAAAUAAAAAUAUGUUCUGUAUAAUUUUCCGUUUAAAAAGUUUGCCAUGUUAAAUUUCAAGUUUUUUAAUUAAUUGUAUUUUUUUAUUUAUUUUUAGUACAACCAAAUCAAAUAUUAUACGACAAUAUUUCAGACUUUUUUUUUUUGAUAAAAUAUUUUCCUCGACAUCGUACAAUAUAAUUUGUGUUAAGAAUGACCAGUUUACGAUUAAUAAUUAAUUUAAUUAAUAAUAAUAUUUAAUAUUCGGCUAGAUUAAUUUAUUUUAAAUAUAUCAAUUUAGUUAUUAGACUUAUAUUCAAAGCUAUGCAAUAACUAGUAAACAAUUUAAGUUAUAAGUUACUUUUUUUAAAAAACUUAUAAUUUACCUUACAUAUUUAAAAAAAUAGAAUGUUUGGAAAUAACAUAGUCAUACUAAGUUAUUAUGUUAAAAUUUAAGUUUUUUACGAAUUUAACUAAAAUUGCAUAUUUGUACGUGAAUAUUAUCACAUAAUAAGAUGACCUUUCAGCCUAUGCAUGAGAAAUAUGAAGUUAAUCUAUGAAAGUCUAAAUAUUAGGGUACAAAUUAUGUUUUUAGGUGUACCAGGUGAUCCAUUUAAGUCGAUACACUCAUUAGUCUCUCACUCUAUACACUCUAGAACAUUUAAAAAAAGCAGCUCUACAAUUUUAUAUUUAUGUUACUUCUUUGUAACUCUUAAUUUUGGUGGUAAAACCACUAUCUACUUUUGAUUUUAAAAAUGGCAAUCUAUAUUUAAAAUUUCAUACAUUUUUUCAUUCUUUCGUCUAUUUCAUAAAUAGAUGAAGUAUUAGUUAAAAUAAAUUUGAGUGUUGAAAUUUUUAAUUUCCGUCGAUCCGUUGACGAGGCAUUUCAAUUUUAAUUUUGUGUUAGAGGAAAGUAGUGGAGUAUCAUUUAUGUGGCACUACGGCGCAUGGCAUGUUAAUAAUACAUCACUACUCUCCUCCAAUCUAAACUUAAAAGUGGAAUCAACGACUUUACAGAAAUCAAAAAUGUCAACACUUAAAUUUAUUUGUUUAUUUAUUUAUGAAAUUUUUAAUAUAGGUUGCCAUUUGAAAACCAAAAAAAGGUAGUGGUUUUACCACCUAAAAUAAGGGUAACAAAAAAUAAUAUAAAUACAAAAUUGUAGAUGAGCAGCUUAUUUCUUAAAUGUCCUUUUUUUUUAGAAUUACGUAACUUAAAUAAUUUUUAAAAAAUGUUGAACUUACUCAGCUUUGUUUUAUUUUAGUAUUAAAAUUAUAUUGUUUGCUAUAUAAAAAUAACCUUCUUGAUGUUAUAGUUCAUUUGUUAUUAACUCCCCCAACUAUAUAUUAUAUUAUGUUUCAUAUAUACCUAGUCAAAAUCAAUGUAUAUUCAAUAACGGAACGAAUAAUUUGGAUGAAAUCGAUGAAUUGGAAAACGAUUAUAUAGACGAAAAUCAAAUAUCAACUAAAAAUUCAGUAAAUAGUUUUAAUACAACGGAAUAUUCACAAGAAUCAUUCGAAACAAAGUAGAGUAUAAAUUGUUUGAGUAUUAUUUAAUAUAAUAUGUAACUUUAAACGAGGCACAACGUUUAAAAUAAUACACAGCAUUAGAUAAUAAAAGCUAAAUUUUAUAAUUUCUAUACAUUUCGAAAUUAUAUUUAUUGCUGCAGGAAAAAACCUAAAGAAAUUGGUUUUUUAAAAAAAAUUUAAAUAUUAUGUACCGUUGUAAAUUUAUUUAUCUUAUUACUUUUAUAUAUACUUCUAUCGUGGCUCCCUCUGAAGUGAUUAAGCUAAAAUUCGAUGACUAGACUUGUUUAAUAAGAUUUAAAUGAAUUUAAAAAGUUAAAUAAAAUAUAAUUAUGAAUUUAUCUAUGCACUGUUGCGAGAGCAGAUGUUAUUUAGAUUUUGAGUGGAUCAAAAAAGCUUAUGGUUUAACAGUGAGGUUCAUCAUUAUUUUUUUUUUUUUUUUUGUGGACAACUUUUCUACCAUACAUUUUACUCUGAUUUACAAAAAAACCAAUUUUUCUAAAAAAAAAAAUAAAGAGGUUAUUUUUUGAUUUUCGUAAAAGUUUUCCUAAUAAACAGGAAAAACCGGGGAAAAACAUGAGAAAAAACUUAGGAAAAAUGGGAAAAUACGUACAAUAUUAAAUAAAAAUUAUUAAAGAAAAUAUAAAAUGCAUAUUUUAUAUAAUAAUCAUUUUACCAUAAUAUGACAUAUACAUUGUUGAAAAAGCAACAUUAUAGACUGAUCUCCGCUCAAAAUCGUUUUUUCGUUAGCAGUAGUUAUCGUUACUUACAGACGUACAUUAAAUUUCCCCUCUACUAACUUCCCAACUUCUUACCUACAACAGUAGCCCACCCACGAACGAAGUAUGUUCAUUUGUUUUUUGAAAUCUAUAUUGAUACUAAAUCUAAGUACACUUUUACUACUUUCAGCUUUUAUACUAGAUAAUUAAUUUUCAAAAUUAAAUUGUAUUUUUAUCUAUAUAGGUAACAAAUUACUGAUUAUUUAUCUUUAACUCAAUUGAUAUGAAUUUUUUUUUCAUCUUGAUAACUGUUCUAUUAAUUAUCUCUUAUGUGUAUCUAGAUAUUUUAAAAAAAUCGUUUACAUUAUUGAUUUCUGUAUAGAAGUAUCAGGGCCCUCAAUAUAUAAAUUAAAACUGAUUUAAUUUUUAUAAAGGAUUUUUGAGAUUUUUGAACCAUUUACGAUAACAAUUUGCUAUAGUAAAUUUAUAACAAUUUUUAAACAAUCACGAACAGGACUCUUAGCCAUUUAGAAUUAUACAUUCAUUGAAAACUACACAAAUAUUAACUUAAAGCCUUUUUUCUUAGGACGAACGAUAUAUUAUUAUUAUUAUAUUUUAUUGUUAUUAUUCAACUUAAUCUUCUAAAUUAUUUAAGUAGUGUUUGACCGUUUUCUGCGGUAAUCAUAAUGAGCAAGUCAUUAAUUUAAUAAAUAUAUGGUAUAUUUAACUAAUGCAUAUUAAUUAUUACAACGAUUUAACAUAGGAAAGUUUUUUAUUUAUACGUUUAUAACGCGAUAUUUUGUAUAAAAUAUAAUCUAUAUAUUUCUAACAAUAAUACUUAACAAGAAUUAUAACGUGCGCUGGAUGAUAGUAAGCGUGAAACUUUUUGGCUCGUCGAUAGUAGGUACCUUAGGUACUUUACCUAUAUACAUAUAUUAUAUAUACUAUAAAAUAGCUAACAGAAAACCUGUAAAUUAACCGGAUGCUCUAUAUUGGAAAAUGCAGGCCAGAAAACCUACAGGAACUAGCCAAAUGGCAUUUAGCAAAACAGCCGAUACAUGACACACGAUUAUUAUGGUUACCAGGGAUGGCGAUCCAGCAGAAAUUUGGACCACUGUCGAACUACGACUCCUUGCACCUUCAUCCCGCAAUGGCAUUCAAAAACACCGAAUGCAAUACAGGCAAUAAUAACUAGGGAAAUUAAUCUCAAAUAAUAUCAGUGACAUAUUUUCUAAGAAAUGUGUAAAAUAAUAGGUUUUUUUUUUUGGAUGAUUAUAUGUAUAUUUAUAUAUAUGUGUAUGUCUAUAUAUAGCAAUGAAACAGUGUAUAACCGUCCGAAACACUACGGAAAUUCCGUGCCACGUCAAGUCAAAAGUUCAUAAUCAUUAUGAUGGAAACGAAUUUUCGACUACGUCAACAAACCGAGCAGGAAGUAAGGACGAAAAAAGUAUUAUAAUAGUGAAAUAAAUGCUUAAUUAUAAUUGAGCAUAACUAGUAAUUGGUACAACCUAAUACUUCGAUAGAUUUAGAACUAUGUGUUGGGUUACAAAAAAAAAAGUAAUCGUUUUUCAAAAUAUUGGAUUAGUUUUUCAGAAUAGAUGUAUUCGGUCAUGAAUAAAAUGUGUCCAUCUUCAUUCUUCUUCAAAGGCUUAUAGCGGUACGUUUAGGACCAUCGUCGCUUCAAACACGCCCUUGCAUCUCUGUCUAUUCAAAUUCACUCCCAUCUCUUUCGAAUUCUGAUUCUUAGUCUUUUUCUCGAAAGCUUAUUUUCGGUGACUUUCUUAAUGAGUGAGCCCUCAAAAUAUGUCUUUAGUUAACCAAAACUAUCCAUACGUAGUAUAAACUAUUAGCAAGUGCCCAUCAAUACUUACAUCCAAAAACAUGCAAUUAUUUGACAAAACGGAUAUCGGUAACAAUAUUUUCGGUAAAUCAGAUUGAAUCGAUUCGCCAGCAGAUCGAUAUUUUUCCCUGCCAUUUACCCAGCGAUUUAAUAAUAUUAUUAACCAAUUCGAGACGUAAGAAGGUCACAUAUACAAGUAUAUAUAUAAUUAUAAAGUAUAAAACACUACUGUCUAAUAUCGAAACCAGCAAAAAUACAUAUGGGAAAAAAAAUCAAUAUUAUUAUAAACUUCUAAAUAUAAUAAGUCCCUUUCUAAUCGUUAUAGACUAUAUUAACUAUUAUAUAUUUGAUCAUUUAUUUUAGCAAUAAUGAAUGCUUAAGAAAAUUACUGGAAAAAUUGAAAAAUUAUCUAUUUAAAAUCUAAAAUAUUCUUUUAUAAUUUUAUAAAAACGCUAUUAAACUCGUCAUUUCUUUUUUUGGUUUAAUAGUUUAAUAAUAAUAUUUAUUUAUACAGAGUAAAAUAACUUUAUUUUUUUUACUUUUAAAAAUUUUCAAAAUAGUUAUUAUACAGAAAAUAUGUUAUUUUAAAAAUUUAAAUGUAUAUCAUAUAUUAAUAUCCGAUUAAUAGUUUCUUAGUUUAGUGGGUUUAAUAUACUAUAGAAAAUAGGCGUGGAAACAAUUAAUAUUCAAUAUAAAAUAAAAAUAAUCGUAAUGAUUGUUAUUCCUUAUAGCGUAACGUGGUAUUCUAUUAAAAAUUAAUUGUUUUACACCACUUUUCUAGAAAUUAAAACGGUUAUUAAUGAAACACUAUUGAUCAAAUAUAGUAUAGUACAUUGAAAUUUUUAGAAUAAUAUAUUAUACAAAUUGGCUAUUUUGAAAAUUGUAAAAACUAAAAAAAUAAUGUUAUUUUUUUCAGUGAUUAAAGGAUAAAACAAAUAUGUAAUUUUUCUCUACGUUUGUGUCCUCCUAAAACAGAACCCGAUUAAAAAAAAGAAAUUGUUUUAAAAAUGAAUAUUGACAUAGUUAUUAGUAUUCAGAUAAUUAACACUGUAUACCCUGUAUAUUAUUGUAUAUUAUUUUUAAUUUGAAAAAUAAAUAAAUUUUUAAAAAACUGAGUAUCUUUUUACCACACAACUUGUAAUGAUAGUACACUAGUAGUAAAAUAAACUUUUAUUAAUUUAUCUAAUAUUGAAACUUCAACGUAUAACAAUAAAUUGUAGGUAUUGACAAAACGAAUCUAUUAAAUAUCGCUAAUGAGUAUAAUAAUAUUUAAUGAUAAAAAAAGUCAUAGUAUUCAUAGUAAAACCAAAAAAAAAUUAAUUAAAUUCGUAACCAAAUUAAUUUUUAUAUUUUAAAAUCGUAAGACAUUUUUAAACUACCGUGAAAAUAUAUUUACCAUAUUUAUAUUAUAUGUAUAUUUUACUAUUUUAUGCAUACAUUAUAUAAUUAUAUUUGUGUAUGGUAAAAACAAAAAGUCAACAUUACGUAACUUGCCCACUAGAAAAAUUGAAAUAAGUCAUGCCAAGUAUACUAACAAGGGUAAUAAUUAUUGAGUUUUGUGUUUUGUGUGGGUGUGUACUAUUAUGUAGAAAAUUAACAAUUACAUGAAGCUCCAAAAACUCAUUAAUUCCACGGUGUGCUCUUUGAUAAUACGCACAAAACAAUAAAUAUCUUAACGGUUGCUGAUGCUGCUGUGUAUGGAAAUAUAAUUUAGGAAAUAUGUUUAAUGAUAACAAAUAAUACUAUCUUAUAAAACGUCAUCUAUAUCAAUUCUAUUAUACCAUUUUAUAGUACAAUUAGUACCUAUACAUGAUUGGUAGUUUUUAAAUUCUAAGGUCAGUAAGAAAUUUUUAGUUUUCAGUACGAUAUGUGUAUUUUUAGGUUUUAUGCUCAUCGAGGAAUAUUAUGGUUUCACUGUAUUUUACUUUUUGUUUCUGUAAACCAGUUUUUUACUAGAAAUCUUAAUCCGAUCAAAAAAGUUAUGGGAACUUUCUUGUUGCAUAUAUAUGUAUCGCAUAGUUGGUGCUAUAAGAACGUCAUUUUUUUGAAUAAAUGAGAAAAACUAGAAAUCCUUUGUAUAAUUUUCAUUGUUCUGAUAACAUGGCAAAACAUAAAAAAUACUAUUACCUAAUACUAUUAACUCUACUCUAAUCUCUUCAUGAGCAAUGGUUUAUCUUUGCGUUACGAUUAUAAAAUAAAUUGCUCUAUAAUAUAUCCUUAUUUUCAACUUUCCUCCUAAAGCAGUGAUAUAUCUAUCAAUACUAUCAGCAAUUUUAUCAUAUAUGUGUGUGUAUCCGGUGACAACUUUUCUACCAGAAAUUGUGUAUUAAUCUUCAAGUAUAGCAUUCUUUUUAUUUUAAAAUUAUAUUUAUUUUUAUAUGUUAAAAAAACUGAAUUAAUCAAUACUUUUAUAACAUUAUAGGCCUACUUAAUAAUAUUACCCUAAUAAAUCAUCGAAUUAAGGAAACUUUUCAAAAAAAAUAUUAUGCAUAUUGUUAUUAUAAUAAAAACUAUAUAAUAGGUAUGUUGUAUUAUUAUGACGCGUUUUUUCUUUAAUCUAAUAGAAUGUGAUAUGAAAAAACAUUUUAAUUUAAUUUUAAUAACGUUGAAAAUAUUAAUCCUAUUAACGAUAUAAUACUACAUUGUCUCUUUUUUUUUUUUAAAUAAAUGUGUAUAGUUCUCAGAACUAUGUAUAAAUAUUUUAAUACGACGUUACAUGACAUAACUUAUUACGAUUUACGAUUGUAUUAUAUAAUAUAAAUAAUCAUAUUAAUAAAAUUUAAAAAAAAAUCAUUUUCAAAAAUAGGCAUUCUUAAGCGAUGUCGUUCAAACUUUAAUUACACACACGCUUUAAAAAUAUAUAUUUUUUAAGAAUAAUUAAUAAGAGUUAAAAACAACACUAGGCAUACAAAUACUAUUUUCUACACAACACCCUCUCAAAUUAUUCAACUAGCCUCUGGCUAGUAUGUUAAUAUCACUUGGUAAUUCUGCUAAACUAGAUAUUUUUGUCUUAUAAUAUUAACAGUGUUAAACAAAUAUUUAACAAAAUGUAAUUUUAUAAUAUUAUUACUUUUCUCCCUUUUCCAUUAUUUGUAUUAAUUAUUCUUUAUAUACUUAUAUAUUAUAUACAUUUAAGUGAUAUAUAUCAACUAUCAAAUGUUGCGUUUUUAUACUCUAUACACCUAUUUUUAUGCUUACACCUAUAUUUAGUAUUUUUGUCUAUACUCAUUAAACUGUUAUUUUAUGUUACACAAUUUUGUAAAUGGAAUAUUUUUUUUUCCCGUACAAUAAAUAAAUUGUUGUUUUCAACAUAAUUUCUUAUAAUAAAAAUACUAUACUCAAAAUUUCAAAAAAAAAAAAAAAAAAUUGCAAGGUUUGUUUUAUGUACACUGAUUUGUAUUCGAUUUUCUAUGAUCCUAUUCCUCGUAGUUUUUGAGACUACGGGCAACAAUUUUUACAAAAUGGUUUUUCGUUAGGAAUGAUCUAUCUUUGCGUACAAAUAUAAAUUAAAAAACUUAAUGUACCCUACCUUCUCAACUUCCUACCUAAAACAAUGGCGCGCCGAUCAGCAGUGUCAACUGUUUUAUUUUUAUACUUUUGUUCAUAUAUAGUUUUAAGAGUAAUAGAAUAAAGAUAUGUGUACACAAUUUUCAGUUUUCUCUUUCGGAAUUUACCGAAAGUAAUAUGCUUUAAAAUAUCAACGUACGAAUUUAAAAUCAAAUAAAUCAUAUUUAUCAUUCUAAAUUUAUAUUUAUUUAUAUUUAUUGUAUUUUUUAAAAGCACAUUACAUUAUAUUAUGUGGAAUUGUAAAAAAAAUUGCAAUAAUAAUAAUAUAAAAUAUAAUGCAGAAAAAUAAUUCAUUUUGAGUUAUACUACAUAAUAUAUGUAUUCAGUCUGUCGAUAUUAACAAAAUUUAGGAUUAUUUACAAUAUAAGUGUAUACUGAAUACCUAUGGUUAUUUUAUUGUACAUCACGAUAAUUACGAUAAUCGCAUAUAAUACCUUACUAUAGAUAGUUAUGUACGUGCUUAUAAUACGUAAUAUUUCACGUUUACGUAAAAUAAUGAUAAUGUAUACCUAAUAUAAUACCUAGUCAAAAUUAACAUAAAUACAGAUAACAUGAAUAAAUACAAUUAAACCAACAGGCAACACCGUAGAGGUAACGAUAAAGGUAGUUAGAGAUGAAAAUAUUAUAAAUCAAAAAGUUAUUUAAUGUGACCUAGGUGCAAAUAAAAUAAUAAAAUUAUGAUCGUUAUUCCGUAUACAUUUUCAUAAGUGUAUUUUACCAGCAUUAGAUACCUACCUAAGUAUCUAAUAAUAUAGGACAUAGGUUAUAAAAAUUUAACAACACUGAAGAUAACAAUAAUAAUUAGAUACCUACUUAAGACAGUAUCGAACAUUGAAAUCGAGGUGAUUUUUGAUAAAGAUUUCAAUAUUUUGUUACGUUAAAAUAAUCAGUGAUAAUCGCGACGUAUUAAACGACGUGGGCAAACAGAUAAGACUAAAUAAAUUAGCAUUUUUUUUAUUUGAUCAUGUGUUUUUACACCUAAAUUCUAAAUAGCAUAAGUCUUAAAAUUAUAUAUAUAUAUAUAUUAAUGAUAAGUAUUCAUUAAAAAUUGUAUUUGGCUUUAUUUAUAAACAAAGAUAUCGAGAAUCGAGUAUUGUGUAUACACAAUUUUCUAAUUGUUUGGUAUAAAUGUCUAAAUAAUAAUAACGAUAUAAAAGUUAAUUUUAACGACAGCAGACUUCAAACUUGCAGAUCUCAAUCGUGUUUUUCAUUCAAUGAUUCUCUUCCAUAUUGAUUUUAAAUUUGAGAAAUUCAAUCUCGUUAAAAAAAUUCAAGGACAUCGGAAUCCCUAUAGAAGAAUAUACAUAUAGAUCAUAAUAUUUUAUAAUUAUUAUAUGCUUCUCUAAUGUAAUUGUAUUACAAUAAUAUACUGUUGGAUUAUAGAUUUAGAAAUAAAUUUGCAUCAAAAAAUAUGUCAGACAAAAUUUCUUUUCAGAAAAGAUGCUACACUUGGUACUUGAUUCAUCAGAACAAGAUUUAUUUUCGAAAAGUUGUUUACAGACAAAAAAAAUCAUCAUAGUAUUACCAAUUAAUUCUUCGCUACCCCUUGAAUCUAAAGUCAUGAUUAUUAUAUUAGUCUCAUUUCUAUCUUAUUUGUAAAAAAUGCAUUCAUAAUAUAUAUCUUUGGUCCCCCCAAAAAAAGGGGUUUAAGUUAAUUUUAGCACUUUGUUUUUUUAUAAUUUGUCCUAUGUAAUUUGCACUCCUUUAUAUUUUGGUGUAAUUUGUUUAAUUGGGUGAAUUUUCAAAAUUAGUGCUUAUAUUGUAUGAAUGUAUUAGUUAAUAUACAAGUAUACUAUGUAUCUUCAAAAUUUAAUUUACUUGUAAUGAAAUCUGUACAAAUUUGAUUAAAGCUAUUCUUCCUUAGGGCCAAAGAUAUAAUAAUGACAAUAUAUUUAUCUACUAACUAGCCAAUAAAAGCCUAACCUACGAUAGGUUCCAGUGGAGAAAGCACAGAUGUAUCAGACAAAUGUUGUUUGAUAUGGAUAGAGAGAAACAACGAAGUUUUGGUCGGUCCCGACGAAUUUCACAUUUCCGUGUGGGUGUUGGCCACUGCUUGGGGUCGGUAUGAGGACAUGCUGACUAUUGAAUUUCACGUGGAAGACGAUGUUUUACCGGUUAUCUAUAUACCACUCAUUAUUCAAGCCAUUACGUUCCCCAUAGAAUUCCCUAUCGCCGUAAACGUUCACCGACCGACCGUCAAGUAAGUCACAAAAAUCACACAAAAUAAUUCGAUUUUAACUAGCUACCGGAAAGAGACAAAGACUAACAAUUUUCAUGACUGCCAAUUUUGUAAAAUUUUAAAAUUAUUUGAACUUUUUUAUAACCUUUUAAAGAUAAAACUUUUCUACUAAUAUACACGAUAUACACAUAUUAUAUUAUUUUUUAAUUCGUUGCCUUAUUAUAAUUAUUUAUUGAAGACAAUAUAAAAACGAAUGAUCAUCAAUUUGUCAUGUUGUUAAAUAAUAAAAAUUUUACUUCGAUCAAAACUAUAUUGGAACAAUACUUUUAUUUAGCGUUUAUAAAUCAUUUAUUAUUUAAGAUUCAGCCUCUACUCUAACGACGCUGAAUACCGUUUGCAAAUCCUCAAUAAUAGUGCAAUUCCCGUGCAAGUGUCGUGGCGCAUUUACAAUGAAAGUGAAAAGAAGAGACCGUUCGGAGUGGUAUUCGAUACUAUAACACCUGACGUGCCGAAUCUUUGGUCUUUCAAAAUCGAUCGUUACUACGGGGCACAAUUUCCUCGAUAUUUUUCGGUAAAUUAAAUAUUUAAGAAAAAUAAAGCGCUUUAUCAUGAUAAUAAUUUAAUGCUCAAAAAUAACUAAACAAUUAAAUUAUACCUAAAUCUGCACAGUAUUUUUUUGAAAAAUAAUUAUCAUAAAAUAAAUCUAAAUCAUAAAUUAUUUAUGAUUUUAAAUAAUUCAUACAUUAUAUACUAAUUAUAAUACGCAAUAAAUACGUAGGCCCCGGUAUUUCAGAAGGUAAUAAUUUCAGAAUUAUACAAAUAUUGAAAUGGAAUAUUGAUUGAACAGAUUUGAAUUCAAACGGUAUAAAGUAAUCAUUGUAAUAAUAUAAUACUAUAGGUGUUUAUUCUAUUCGUAUUUAUUUUCCCAAUACCUAAUGCUUUAAAUGGGUACGUUUUGAAUAUACAAUAAAAUUUGAAGUGAGUAAAGCUAUAGGUAGGUAUCGAUAUACAGUCGUGCUGUGCAGCUAGUGUUUGCUUGGAAUACCUAUACAACAGCAGGAAAGUACUAUAAACUUAAUUUAAAGUUACUUAGUAAUUCCCAGUUCUCACUCUUCGAGUCGCGCUAUAUAUAUAUAAUAUGAGUAAAACAGUAACACGUCUUAUUCGCAUGUUCAUUUUAAGACGUAAUUUAUGCAGCAAAUCUUUAACUUUUACAAUUUUCAACACUCGGAAAUCCACAAUUAUUUCAUGUUAACCAUUUCGAUAAAAAUGCAAUAAUAAUAAUAUGUACCUUUGCAUAAACAUUUAAAGUACGAUAAUAUUGAAAGCACGUCAUUACAACACGCGUAUAGGAGAUAAAAUUAGUAAACCCGAUGAUACCUUAUGGCCGAAACUAAUUUUAAUUUGUUUAAUGUAUUCAGCUAUACUAUAUAGUAUAUUCCUAAUACUCAUGGCUAUUAAAUUGACAAUUUUUAUUUUUAUCUAAGUACUUAACCUUUUUUUUUAAUUAUAAAUCUAUUUUUAAAUACUGUUGUUACAGAAAUAGGUACCAAUCUACAUAAUAACUUAAUAUUAUGCGUGUCUAAUGUGGAUAAUAUAUUAUUCUAUAGCAAACUAUAUAUAUUAUAUACCUUCACAGUUAUAGGGUACUAGCUUUAACUGUUCUCAUUUCUACCUUGAUAUACUAUAAUAUAAUACUAUAUUAAAAAUAUAAUUUUUGAAGUAUAUUCAACGAUUUUGUUAAAAUUCAUGCCUAUUUGAGCUCCGUGUUAUUAAGAAAUAAGUCCUUAUGGUUAGAUGUCCCGGAUUAACGAUUCAAAAAAGUUUUCAACGUUCAUUUUUAAAAAUCAACUAAUUAAUUUAAUUUGCUUUAAUUUGUAUCCAUUAAAAAUUUUACAUUUAAUUUAUCACCAUAAUAAUAGUUUUUAAUUAUAUAACAUUAUUAACUCUUAAGUUCUGAAACAAAUUCUCAGAUAUAUCUACAUGUAUACAACACAUCAAAUUUAACUGAUUAAUAUUGUACACAAAAAUGUAAAAAUUAUCGAGUAAAUACGAUUGAACGCAAUUUCAUUAAAGUUGAAUGUAUUUAUAUGAUCUGUAAUGAAAUAAAUUUAAUAUAAAAAAUUGAGAGACUACAUAACACAAUAUUUUUAUGUAUUGUAUAUUUAAUGACGCAAAUUUUAAAAAUAAUAAAAAAACACGAUAAUGUUUAAAAUCUACCAAUAAAAAUCAAUUAAGAUAAUGUUUAUAUAUUAUAUUUACAUAUUUUGUUCUUUGACAAUGAUUAAACAAUAUUACAACAACGCAAUAAUAUAAUAUAUAUUAUACUUUUAUACAUUACAAUUUUGUUAAAUAUUCUAGAUCAAGCCACUAGUUUUGAAAUUGAGACCGAAAGAAAAGAGCUACGUGACGUUUUUCUUAGAUCGGACAAAAGAAGAGUACAUUUACCGCAACGAAUACAAUACAGUAUAUGCCAAAGCAGUCGGAACAGUUAUUGCGUUAAAACCAUCGGGGUUAAUAUCGUAUAUUUUAUUUACAAACUUAAUAAUAAAUAAUUAUUGUUUAUACUACACGAUAAUAGAAUGUACGAAUAUUGAAUUCGAAAUUAAAUAAACAUGUUAUAAUGCAUUUUCUUAAGCUAAGAAAAAAGCUCUUCAAAUUCUAUACCUACUUUGUAAUUCAUCAAAUGGUAACUUAUUGAUUGAUAUUCGGCUUUUAUACUCGUAUAUAAAGAUGAUAUAUGUGUAUAUAGCAGUGUAUCGUUCAACGUAUACAUGGAAUUACUGAUAAAAUAUCUAAAAUUCAUAUUAUAUUAUUUACUUAAAACCAUCCCUCGCACAACACGAACAAUCAAUACAUAAAAUCAAAAAACAAAAAAUAGUUUUGGUCUUAAAAAUUUCAAAUUGAACUAGUGUUGUCACAAUAUAAUGUAACAGUAUUUCGAAAAUCCAUCAUGUCGAUUUUAAAUCAUAGUUGUUUUACUAAUAUUAUUUCAAAAGGAAAUGUGACAAUGUUUUAAUAAAUUUAGGCCUAAAAGCCAGAUAAAACUAUAGGAAUUGUGUUUGACAAAUUUUAAUCUGAAUUACAAUUUUAAAAACAGAUUCCGAUUCUCAAGGUUCUUUAUUAUGAUAUGUUUAAAAUCGAAAUUAAAUUAUUUUAUUAUAGAAAUUGUAAAAUAAUCUUAUGUUUAAAAAUGUAUUUAAAGUAUUUUGCCUUUUAAAGUUUAGCGUAGUGUAGUUAUUUUUAUUUUAUAUGCAUAUUUUAAGUUCAAAUUUUGAAGAAAAUCAUAAAAAUCAUGACAUUUCAAAACACGUUAACCGAAUUUCGCUCAGAAUCAUAUUUCAUAGUCAAUGAUUUAUCGUUGUAUACAUACAUAAAUUAAAUAACUGCAUUUAUCCUAGUAUCCUACUUUCCUCACUCCACACUUAUAACAAUAAAACCAUCAGUAGUAUCAGAUUUGUUCAAUUUUUGACAAUAAUGUAUUUUAUUAUUAUUGUAUUUUAAUUUUUAAACAUUCAAAAAUUACAAAGAUGUAUAAAUUUACUGGAACAAUAAUUUGUGUGAUCGUAAAAAUGUUGUAAAUAUAUGUACAUGAUAAAGACCGAAUGGGACAUCAACAACUGAGGCCUCUAUAUUUUUGAUGUCCUGAACUGAUAACAAAAUGGCACUGUUUAUUUACAUUUUUGUAUACGAUCACUAUACAGUAAAAAAAAGUAAUAACACGUUUUGUAUUAUUAUAAAUGCUAUGGAUCAUUAUUAUAGUUUUCAUUAAUAAGCUGACGCCAUGUCCCAUCCGUGUUUUUAUCAUUUACGUGUAAAUAAUAUUGUUUCAGUGCAAAAUAAUAAGUAUAGAAUGCAUCGUGUAUGCUUAUAUUAGUACUGUAAAAAUUACAUGCAAACAAUUUUAAAAUUCUAUUAAUUAUUUAACAGAAAUUACUGUACUAGAGAAGAUGGAUUUAAACUGAAACCGGCUAUCGUGGAACUUAACUCGGAAACGAGACAUUCAAUAUAUCCGAAAUUAAUAUUACGAGAAACGGAUAAUGUUUUCAAAGUAUUAAAAUAUGCCACGUGUCAUACUGCACAUUUCUUUUUUCCCGAGCAAAAUAUCGCUACAGUAAAUUAUUAUAUGACUAAUCAUUGUUAUGUAUAUAUUUUUUUUUUUUUUAGGUUUCAGCGAGCCAAAUUUAUAUUUCCGGGCCUCCGUUUCAUAUCACGAUAACUCGGAUAUUUACUAUGAUUAAUCUUCUACAGUAUCCCACAGUUAUUUCAUUAUAUAUUGAUAAACCAUUCACCAUAAAAUCCUUGACUUCAAUAAGAUACGGUAACUGCCCCAGAAAUUCUAAUCUUUGUGUCUUUUACGAAGAUUUAAUUAAAGUAAGUAUAUUAUACUAUUACUAUUCGUCAAAUACUCAUUAAAUAAUAUCUUUAUUUUCUUCUUUUAUCAAAUUUUGUCUGAGGAUGAAAUCAAUUACACUGUAAUGAUGUGUCUAUAUAUUUUUAUCUAUUUUUAUUUAUGUUUAUAUAUUUUUAAUGAUAACUAAAUGAGCUCAAACUAGGAAAUAAUAAUUGAUUUAUAAAAAAUACCGCUUUGGUUGAAUUUCACUACGGCGUUGCAUGAAAAUGAUGUUUUUAGCUUCAAAAAACCCUACUGCCCCAAAAUUUAAGCUAGAAGGUGAUAUUUUAAUUAUACAUUGGGAAAGUAUCAAUAGUGUACCUUUUGUUUCUUUUUUCACAAGAAAUUUUGUUUUUAAAUACUUCUACAAACUAAAGUUUAAUACAACUUUGGUAAUCAUAACUAUUUUUUAGAUCAAUUAUUAAAAAUAUAAAUUUAACUAUUAUAAUAAUGAAUUAUUGUAACAACAGUUUGGCUGGUUGAAAAUUAAAUUAUAAUGACAGAGCUCUGCUGUUCAGGAUGUCUUUUUAUUAUUAUUAUUUUUUUUUUUUUUUUUUUUUUUUUUUUUUUGAAUCAACGAAUAUUUAUCUAAAAAUGUGAUAACUUCUCUAAUAAAAACAAAAGAACUGAUAUUCGAGAUGUGUGCGCCAAUGUUGUAGGUGGGCAGAUCGGAAGGUAGGAUACAUAAAGUUAUUGAAUUUGUACCUGUAAUAAACCAUUGAUAAAUAACUAUUCAGAGCGAAGUUCGAUUAUACAAUAUAUAUGUCUUGAAUGUUUUUAUUUACGAUUUUCGUCAAAAUUUGAUACUAAAAUUCUUAUUAAAAAAAAAUACUACAUUGCACUCAUUUUUUUUUUUUUUUUUUUUUACUUCUAUGUGCAACCUAUAAUAAACCUCCAUUUAAACUGUCAAGUAAGUUCUGUUUAGUGUAAGACUAUUUAUAAUUUAAUCCACAGAGUACCCACUAAAUAAAAAUUACUAAAAAACUCGCAAAAUUAAAAUAUCUAUAAAUAGCUCAAAAAUAAUUCAAAUAUUUUGAAAAUUUUAACAUGUCUAGAAAAGUUAAAUAUAAAAGUAAAAAAUUCAAAUCUACAAAUAUUUUUAACUGAAAUACAACAAAAAAACUAAAUUAAAAAUAAUAAACAUUAUUUUGUACAUUUUUCCGUUAUUUUUGUUUUCAUUCGAUUUUGCCCAACUAUUAAAAGAAACUAUAAGAAAAUUCGAAACACAAAUUACAUAAAAACAACUAAAUUAAAAAUUCAACAAAAAAGAUCUUUUUUUAUUUUUCUAUUGGAGCAAUAUUUCUGGUAAAAACCAUGGUUUACAAAAAUUAAAAACCAUGAAAUCAGUAACGCUGUAAAUAUUUACCGUUUUACAUAUUAUUUUUUUUUCGUUUUUUCCAAUUAUUUUGAAAAACCCUCAAGAAAAUGAAAAAAUGAUCUUUCUAUAUUCACCAAUUACAUACAAUUUAUUUUAGAAAAAGAAUUGUUUACAGACAGAAAAACAAACAUCAUAAAUCCUUCUAAAACCAAUAUAUCCUUCACUAUGAUGUUUAUUUAAAAAGAUUAAUUUUAAGUGUUGUUAUAAUUUUUGAUUUUAAUUUUCACUAUAUUUUGUAUAUUUAUAACUAUACCUAGCUGUGUUAUAUUUUUAUUUUCUGGAAUUUGAAUUCGGUAAAUUAUAAUAAAAAUAAAACACAAGAAAUAAUUAUUAUUGUAGAAACAUAAAAACUCCAAUGCAUAGAAACAUGCGUUUAUAGUUUCGAGUCACCAAAAGAUUUAUCGCCACAAUAUUGUUUAAUUUAUUAUGUUAUAAAACUAAAAAGAAAUAAAAAUUAUAGUCAAAAGUUUACUCGGCAAACUUCAAGGAUAUUUCCUCUGAAAAUGUAAAAAAAAAAAUUUUACUGAAGAAUUUAUUCUUUCUUUUCACCUUUAUUCUAUACAUACGCUCUUCGAUAUGAACCCAUCCUUCUGCAUUAUUUUUCUCUCUCCCUUAAAUGCCUAUAUAUUCGUUACUGUUACCUCAUUUAUUCUAUAAAAUUAUGUUAUAAUAUUUUAUUAAAGAUUAUGAUUUGUGAAAAAUAUAAUAUAAUUAUCAUAUAGUUAUAUAUCUUAUCUAUAUAAGAUAUAUAUCUUAUCAGACAUGUAGAUAACUAUUUCAAAUUAAUUGUUCACAUUGUUUACUUUUUACUAAACAGAGAGAUAUCGUAUUUUGUCCUAUAUAGAUAGAAUUGCAAGUUAGUAUAUCGAUGACAAAUGUGCAUAAGCCAAAAAUUCCCAAAGAAUCAAUGUCGUUCAGGAAACACGUGCAAGUUGGACAUUUAUACGCUAUCUGUGAAAACAGUUAUUACAAACCAAAGGUAUUCCUAAUCUAAUAAUAACUUAAACUAUCUAACUUAUCUUAGUUUUAAGCACCUUUAAGAUAAUUUCAAGCAAAAAUUUUAAAUAUAAUAUAAUGAAUUUGAACUAUUAGUGUAGUUAUAUCUACGUCCAGAUAAAAAAUAACAUAAUUAGUACUUUUUUAAUAAGAAUUUUAAAAUGUAUACCUGUCAUGAAAUCUAAAGGUUCUGCAAACAAUUACACUUGUAAAAUACAGCCCAAAUAAAAUAGGUAUCUAUCUACUUAAAAGCUUUAUGUGUAUUGAUCUCUAUUCAUAUAUAACUUUUUGUUACAAAUCAGUAUUAGCUCAACAAUAUAAUAUUUAUUCAAUUGUAUUGAAAAUUAAUAAUGAAAAUUCUUUCCUUUAAUAAAAUCUUUCUGUAUACAUUUAUUAUAGUAGAAUAUUAUACAAUGCAAUUUCUUAUAAUUAUGACUUAUUGUGUCCACGAUUCAAAUUUUAUAACAACAAUUUUCAAAAUGUAUUUUGUACGAUGUACAUCCAGACAACUAUACUUUAGAUAAAUGCAUACAAAAAAAAAUGAUUUGCCUAAUUAUAUUGAUCGUUCUAGGUAUACCUACGUAUAGUUUUGAAAAAUAUUUACUUGGUCAAAUUUUACAUAGAUAAUAAGUUUACAAAGAUGUAUCUACAAUAAAACUCGAUCCAGUCAUAUAUGUAUGAUAUGUAUAUAGGAUAAUACUAUUUGCUGUGUCUUCCAAAUUUCAUGUUACAAUCGAAUUUUCGAUGAAACAAUUAUUUUUUCGAAAAAUAAUCUGCUUAAAAACUUUUUUAAAUCAAAAAUUCUUUAUUUAAGUAAGAGGAGAGUAAUUUAGCACUAUUCAAACACCGUAUACUACGCCACCACACAAAAGAUGCUUAAUUACUUUCCUCCUACUCAAAUUUUAAAGUCGAAUAUCUCGUCCACACGGUUACGAAAAUUAAAAAUGUCAACAUUGAAAUAUAUUUAAACCAAAUCUUCAAUAAUUUAUGGAAUUUUUAAUAUAGUUUGCUAAUUGAAAAUCAAAAUUGGGUAAUGGAUUUAGCAUCAGACAUAAGGGUGAACAAAUAGGAGCAACGUAACAUUUUAGAAUAUAUUAUGAUUUUAAAAAGUUUUUAUACAAAAAAUAUUUUUUAUUGAAAAAAUAAGUACCUAUUUUAUAAACAAUAAUUAAAGACCAUGAAUUACAUGUACAUUUAAUUUAUCAGUUAAAUCGACCUACUAUUUCAUGGUAAGUACGUGGUAUAAUCUUUUAUUUAGAUGAUAUCCCCGUUCGAGGUGCACGUAUAUUUUCCAGUACUAAAACUGUCACCGAACAACAUAAAUUUUGGUCAAGUGGCCGUAAGGAAAACUAAAAGCAUAGAGGUGAUGUUAUCUUCUUAUCCAGGUACGCAGCACAUAUACCUAAACGUACUAACUCACGAGUGAAAUAAUAGAUGUAUAGAUUAACUUUUAUCGACCCGAUUUCCACUUUGCUGGGCAUCAAACCAUCUAUACACUCAUUUCUCAACGUUAUAUUCUUAUACCAAUAGGUAAUCUUUGUUUUCUUUUUUCCAUCAUAGGUCCUGAACGUUUCUUUAUGAUUGACUCCAAAUACCAAGAAUUUCAAAUAUCGCCCACAACUGGUGUAGCAUCACAAAAACCGAUCUUGCUAACAAUCACAUUUAAACCCGAGUAAGUAAAUUACGAAUAGGCAUUUUCAUAGAAUUUUUUUUAAAAAAAAUAAUACAAAUUUAAUCAUAUAAAAGUAAGCAAAAUCUAUUAAUAAAUUUUGACUAUAAUAGGAUUUUAGAUAGGUACCUAAAUAUUUAAAAUAUAAUAACUAUAGAAGGAUAACAUUUUGGAAAUAUCAGUCAAAUGGUUCAAAGUAUUAUGAUAUUUAAUUUUUGUGUAUGCGGAGUGUCAAUUACAUAUUGUGAAAUGGUAAUACUGUUCGUCAGCAUUAAUAAAUUGUUAUAAUAAAUAGUGUCUAGGUAGUAUUAAAAAAGUAGAGUAAAUUAUUAUUAUGAUUAUAAAAGGAGUAGAGAUAAUGAAGAAAAAAGUCCGUGCGGCGACGCCGCAAGGACUACGGUCUUUAGUUUUAAUAUAGUUUAUUCAUUGACUUAAGUGUUUAUUUUUAUUUUUAUUUUGUGUCAUAUACGUUUAAAAGUAUAUUCUCGUUUUAUUUUUGAGUAACUACAAUAUUUUCUCUUUUAUUCUGAGUCCGAUCUGUAACCGAUUAAUUUAUGGUCGUUAAGGAUAAAAUCUAAAUAAUUAAGUAGUCCAAUCAACUCUGAAGUACCAAACUGAAACCGGUUAAUCCGUGGUCUUUUGGUUACUCCAGUUUAUGUUUGAGCGAUAUCCUUGUUAAAGAAAUAUACGACAUAAUAUAUUAUUAUAUAUUGUUAAUUUAAAAUUCAAAACAAUUUUUAAUUAUUUUUAUUUUAAUUGUUUCCUUUACGGUUAUAAUUAUUUAUAAUUGCAAACAAAUAACACUACCGCGUGUCUUCGGAUAUAAUAUCGAAUUCAACGGAUAACUAAUGUCCAUCAUUAUUCAUAUUAUUAAAGUCAAAUUUAAUGACUUGUAAAUAUAUAAUACAAAUUGAAUCUGUCCAGGCUCGUGAACAAAGUUUUUAACAUCUUCUAGAAAAUGUAAUUUGUUAUUGACAUUUCGGUACUAAAAAAGUUGACGAUAAACUUAAAAGCUUUUUUCCAAAUCACUUUUUUUUUCAUAAGAUUAAAGAAAGAGCUAUUAGUCAAUACAAUUUUCAGUUAUAAACUUGCGUUGAUACUUAUCUAUCAAAAUGCAAUAUUCAAAGCGAGUCAGUCACUAUACAUAAAUUAUAAUAAUGAGGCGGAAAAUAUUACCAACGACUGAAUAUAAAUUUAAUUAAUGAAGUGGUACAUAACGCAAACUUUCAUAAACUUAUCGUAUUAGUAAUAUGGGUGGACGCAUUUAUUUAUAACAUUCAUAUAUUAUACUUAUGAAUUUACAUGACUCACUUGUCAAUUUAAAAUUUAAAAUUUUAUAUUGUUGUGAAAUAUAUUUUUGUAGUUUUAACUGUACGAAAAUAUAUGAUUACUUUAAAGUUCAAACGAACACAAAUUAAUAUCUGAACAUAUUAAUUUAUCUUAAUAUUAUUAUCAUAACAUUAUGCUCAUCGGAAACGUAAUACUAAUUGAUAUAGUUAUAUAAAUUUAAGGAAAGAUGAAAACUCCGUGUUGUAUAAAUAUUGUAUAAAUAUAGGGCCUGGAUUUAAAUUAAAACUUAAACACUAAAAGCUAUUGAAAAAUAUUUCAAAAAUACCUUUACGCGAAAUAAUGUAAAAAGAAUCCAAAAAUACUAACUAAAAGUUUCACUUUUAAAUUAAGUAUUUGUAAAAAAAAAAAAAACAAAAUCGAAUUAUGUACUUGAAAAGCAUUGUCUGAGACCAAAUUCAAAACAAAAAUGCAGUUUGCAUUGAAAUCCAGGUCCUAUAAUUAUAAUUAUAGAUAUAUUAUUUUUCUAUGGUUUUUAUGUUUUGAAUUAUUUAUGUUUGAUUUUCAAGAACUGACAAAUCGUAUUCAGAUAAGAUCAGUAUUGGUACAGCGAUACCCAUGGAAUACAUUUAUCUAGAAUUAUCUGGAUUUGGAACCAAAAAUAGUUCAGAAAAUAAUAGUUUGUAA